AUGGAUCUUAUCCAACUCGCUCCGUACAAUGACACGAUGCGUCUGGGUCAGGGGUACAACUCUUUUCUUCAGCUGCAGUGCCUCGACGGCGCCGUCAAGAUAGAUGAAUCGAACCUGCAAACCCACGUGGCUCGGGCCGAUCCGUCAGCCAACAUGUCCCAAGUUGUAUCGUACAACUUGCGGUUUGUUGAGAGAAUAUCCGACGUGGUGCGCAGCAUGAACAUCAGCGCAGCAUCAUGCAUCAAAUCGGGCACCAUCGGGAUAUCAGGCAACUCGCUCAGCGUAGACGAGGCCAAGUUCGCCGAUUGCGACUUGAACGUGAUCAUCUCAGUCAAAGUGAUCAAUAAGACUACUACGACAAUCAAGAACCCAAAAUUCUGGGAACUUCAUAGAAAGAUGAAUAUGACCAACGAGACGUUUUUCCAGACAUUUGGUGACUGCUAUAUAUCCGGAUUCAUCGAGGGGGGCGAUUUGCACGGGAUUGUCUCGAUCAAGGUCCUAGACGCAACAAAAAAGGCCAGUAUUAAAGCAGCGCUGAAAGGCGUCAUGGGCGGUUCGACCAGCGAGUUCACACUAAGCGAUGGGCUCGCGUCAUCCGCACUCGAGGCAGUAUUGCGAGAGACUGAGACAACUAUCACAGUCAACUGGUCAGGCGGAGGUCAGAUCAAGCCCGACGAGGAGCAGUGGUCGCUGGAUUCGCUAAUCCGGGCAUCAUCCGGAUUCCCAGCGCGAGUGGCAGCAUGUCCACAGAGAACGUGGGCCGUAUUGUCGCCCUACACCCAGAAUCACAGCUUCGUGAACUGGGCGUCCGAGUCCAAGAUCUGCGCGCCCACCUUCUCUCACAUCGAACAGUACACUCACAAUCUCCUCGACUCGUACAUGCUCUACAAGAGGCAUUUGGCCUUGCUACAGGCUGCCAUGGGGAAUCCGCUUGCUUUCCGAGAGAGCAAAUGUGACAAUCACAUAACCCUCGAUGUGCACAGUCUGAUCAAGGAACGGAAAGCCAUCAAGUGCGAAAUGGCCAAAAUCGUUGACAUCAUUGACAGUUUGUAA